GCGAUCGAGAACGGGAAGCAGCGCCAGUCCAGACACAUGUACGGAUACGGAUACGCCAGUUGAUUUUGAAAUUCCGUCGCGUGCGGUUCGCUGCCCGAUCUCCCGCCCGGAUUCGCACAAAAGUUCAAACCCACUUUCCGAUCGAAUUAAUCAAGCGCAACAAUCAAAGCACAAAACACCAGCAAGGAGCCAGAAGCAGGCCAAUCACUCCGGUGGCGGCCAUAUUUUGUUGGCACUGUCCCCGCUGAUUUCUACCCCGUUCCGUUUCCCCUAAUUGCGAUUGUGUAGGGCCAUUUGUCCAAGUCACGGCCGAACAGCGAAGAGCUUGCUCGCGAAAAUAAUUUGCAACACGUGUUGACACAGUGCGUCUGAUAAAUGUGUGCCCGGCACAGCCCUAUGCGCGUGUGUAAGUGUGUGUGCCAGUGUGUGAAAAGAGGCCCUGGCUUCGAUCUGAAUAGUUUGGCCAAAGUUGAAGAAAACCACGCGGCGAUAUAAUCGUUUGUUUCGUUAUGCCACUGCUAACACUUGCGGAUAUAUCGAAAUCAGAGUCAGAGAACAGCAGCGGCGAAAGCACAAAUCCCCACAAAAGGAACAACAAACAAUAACUAGAAAACAAACACGGAUACGUAUCAACAAUAAAUAAUCAAAAUACAGCGCUCAAACUACCAAAGAAGCAAACUUUAGAUUAGGCUAUUCAACGCACUAGAAAUCCCUUACUGAAUAUAGAGGAGCCCUGGCGGAGACCUCCUGGAAAGAGUACCCCUUGAAGACCAUUCAAGUGCAGCAUCCGGAGGAGCUCUGUUUCUCGCACAAAAUGCUACAGCAUCCCGCCACAGAUUUCUACGAUUUGGCGGCGGCCAAUGCGGCCGCUGUCCUCACCGCCCGCCACACGCCCCCCUACAGUCCCACCGGCCUCUCUGGGUCUGUGGUUCUGCACAAUAAUAAUAACAACAACAGCACCACAAGCAAUAACAACAACAACAGCAGCAGCACUCUGGACAUAAUGACGCACAACGGAGGAGGAAGCGGAGGACUGCACCUGAACAGUGGCAGCAACGGCAGUGGUGGAGGCGGAGGAGGGCUGGUCAGCGGGGCAAGUUCCGGGGGUAGGGAGAACUUGCCCAGCUUUGGCUUCACCCAGGAGCAGGUGGCCUGUGUCUGCGAGGUCCUUCAGCAGGCGGGCAAUAUCGAGAGACUGGGCCGCUUCCUCUGGUCCCUGCCACAAUGUGAUAAGCUGCAGCUGAACGAGUCCGUGCUGAAGGCCAAGGCGGUCGUUGCAUUCCAUCGUGGCCAGUACAAGGAGCUGUACCGCCUGCUCGAGCAUCACCACUUCUCGCCCCAAAAUCACGCCAAGCUCCAGGCCCUGUGGUUGAAAGCGCAUUAUGUGGAAGCCGAAAAACUGCGAGGAAGACCCUUGGGUGCUGUUGGCAAAUAUCGUGUUCGCCGUAAAUUUCCACUGCCCCGCACCAUCUGGGACGGCGAGGAGACGAGCUACUGUUUUAAGGAGAAAUCCCGCUCGGUAUUGAGAGACUGGUACUCGCACAAUCCAUAUCCAUCGCCGCGAGAGAAACGCGAUCUGGCCGAGGCCACAGGACUGACCACCACCCAGGUUUCCAAUUGGUUCAAGAAUCGACGACAAAGAGAUCGAGCCGCCGAGCAUAAAGACGGCUCCACGGACAAACAACACUUGGACUCCUCCAGCGACUCGGAGAUGGAAGGCAGCCUCCUGCCCAGCCAAGGGGCGCAGCAGCAGCAACAGCAGCUCUCUCCUGGCAAUAGCGGCGGCAACAACAACAACAACAACGGCCUCCAUCAACAACAGCUGCAGCAUGUAGCCGCCGAGCAGAGCCUGCAACACCACCCACACCCACACCAGCAACACCCCGCCGCCAGUAGUGUCGCCAGCAAGGGCGGCAGCAGCGGCGGCGGCGCCAGUGGCGGAGGCGGUGGGGGAGUGAGUGCAGCAACCGCUGCGCAAAUGCAGAUGCCCCCGCUCUCCGCAGCCGUGGCCUACUCGCACCUGCACAGCGUGAUGGGGGCCAUGCCCAUGACCGCCAUGUACGACAUGGGCGAGUACCAGCACUUAUGAUUCUAGUUGGAGGCGGCCGCUGCCGCCGGAGGCCCAGGGGUCAGUGGGA